AUCGCUCAUACUUCACGUUCUUCUCAACUCACCUCAAUUUUCUGUGCUCAUACUGUCUUAAGUCCUUUGCAACCCUCGGUGCGGUCUGGUCUGCUUGUUAUCGCAAUGGCGGUCCCGGCUGAGUCCCGCCGCAGCCUCAGCCCCGCCGCCCGACUACCAACCUGGGCGCACCGUGCGCGUCAGCUCGUGCCGCCGGUAGUGGCCGCCUUCUUGAGCUUUAUCUGCAUCGCAGUGCCCGCGCUCAACCAUCUCACAGGCGACUAUGCGUUCCUCGUCAACACGUCUCUCAUCCUAUUCUACUUUCCCAAGGGUCGUAUUAGCACCAUCCUGGAGAACAACUCCAUUGCACUGCUUGGCGCUGUCGGCGGGUUGGGAUGGACCAGCGCCGUGCUCGCGGUCGCGGCGUGGUGCGGCGCGCACUUUGAGGCAGACGCGGGCCAGGCACGCGCAGUCCUCGCGACGGGACUCGCCUUCCUCAGCCUUAUCUGCGGCUGUCUCCGCUCGUACGCGCCGCGGCUUAAUGUUGCUUGUCGCGCCGCUCUGUUCUAUCCCAUAUUCGAACUCACCUCGGCACAGCUCAUCACUCGCAUGGAUAAGUGGCUGUUUCUGCAUCAGUUCUUCGUUACUGUCUUCGCUUACACCGCUGCAACGGUGUGCGGCGUCGUCUUGGCCGAGCACUCCUCGGCCCCAAAGCUGGGGGAGCACAUCGUUGCAAGUGUGCGUACAACAUGCGAGCUCAUCCCGACGUCCUUGUCCACCAUCCUUGAACCUCAUGCGGAGCACCCCGCAGAGCACACAGGGUGGACCAUUGAAUUUCCGCUGCCGACCUCAAUGUCGGAGAAAGCAGUUGAGGAGCAGCAGCCCGGCCGCUCGCGACAGCAACAUCUCGCGGGUGACCUCCGAACUCAGGUUGGUGCCAUGCGCAUGACAUUCAGAUCAUACUCCCUCGACAUUGUGCAUGCCCGGCGUCCGCCCAGCGCGCUUGGACCUAUAAUCAAAGUGUUUGAGAGACUCCAGCGUAACCCUCUCCUCAUGCCCACUGGACACGUGCCCGGCGAGCGGAUAAGAACCGCCCUCGAGCGUGCGUAUGCGACGCCUCUUUCCCCGGCCGUGUCUCGUGCGUCGCGCAGUUCCAGCCGCAUAGGUACACCGCGACGGUUGGCCAGCGCCACGUAUGACCCAGACCCGUCGACGCCCACUACUCCUACCGCAAGCAUUUUCAGAUCAACCUCUCCUGCUGGCACGCCUACAGCGAGCGUAUUCAACUCUGCCUCAAGCAUGCGAAGCUUUCACCUCCACCCACCACCACUUCCUCGCGAGACCGCCGCAGCUCAUUUGGCACGCGAGCUGACCAAGGUUGCUACUCACACCCACGGCGGAAGCCGGAUACCGAGCGGAAGCCAUCACGAGCAUUCAGCUCGGAGCAAGCUCACCUCCACAUGCGGGCGACUCAGCAAUGCUAUCAUCGCUGCACUUCAGGCUGCUAUCGUUCUAUUGAUCGAGGCGUGUGAGUGGCACAGGCUAGCACCAACUCCGCGCCCAGACGUAGACGCCAAGGAGCUCCUUUCUCAGCUCGAUGUCGCACUUGAUGAGCUACAGAAGCGCCUUACUGGCAUCCUCGACGGUGCCGAGGAGCCGAUGAGUCCCGCAGCCGAACGCGUGGUGUUUCAGGACGAGAUGACAAGCGACUGGCUCGACGACGAAGAUAGGUUUCGGAUUGCGUUCUUCAUGAUCGCGCUCCUUGACCUUGCUCGCGACACGCGGCUGCUGUUACAUACUGCCGCGAGGCUGCAAGAUGAGCGCCUGCCGAAGCGCUGGUUCCUGCCUGCCCUAAACUGGCCGUGGUUGCCCUUACCAGACGAUUCCCAGCUACCCUCCAUCGACAGAGAAGUGCCGACAGGGACAGAUGAUCCAGAAUUCCGGUACAAGAACUGCGAGGACGUCGACUUCGUGCACACAUUGUUGCGCGAGUCGCGGGAGACGAGCAAGUCGCGCCCCCGCAUGGCUGCAGCGCGGACCCUCGGAGAGCGUGCCACCGCCGCGUGGCGCUCCAUUUGGGACCGCAGCGGCGUAGUGCUAGCCCGGGUUCUUCUCUCACAGGGCUUCCACACGCUCAAACACUCGCGCCAUGUCCAUUUCGCUCUCAAGCAAACUGUGGGCAUCAGCCUGCUCUCUCUUCCUGCGUUCUUGCCCCUUAGAAACGGCGGACGUGCCUGGUAUGACUCAACGCACGGAGCGUGGAUGGUCGUCUCCUUCAUGUAUGUACUUGAAGUAACCACGGGUGCGACGUUACUUGUCGGCUUUUAUCGCAUGUGUGGGACAUUCAUCGGCGCCGUCUUAGGAUAUAUUUUCACGAAGAUUGCGGGCGCCAACCCUUAUGGCCUUGUGGUGCUAUGUACGGCGGCAUCGGUGCCAAUUGCCUACGGUAUAUUGUUCACUCAUGUCGCACCCAUGGCCAUGGUGACUGGCAUUACCCUCCCACCCAUCGUCUUCCUCCAGUAUCUCGGCCUGACAGAGGGAAAGAGCCAGAUCCACAUUGCAUGGGAGCGCUUCGUUGAGAUUGUCAUCGGCAUCGCCGCAGCUGUCAUCAUUGGCAUGUGGCUUUGGCCCAUUCACGCCCGUGUGCAGUACUUCUCGGCUGUCGCGGACACGAUGGACCAAAUCACCGAGUACUGUAAGCUUAGCGCGUCUGCCAGAGCUAAGACAGACCUCCGGAUGUCGCGUGACCUUCUCCGUCCGUCAUUGGUCUACCAAGCGAACAACAAGCAAUACCCCGUUCUCGAGUCGGCGGUGCGUAGACAUUUGACGCGAUCUCGCCUCUUGGUGGACAUUCAGACACGAGAGAUUUCGCUUCUUCCUCGCCCCAUCAAAUUGUACUUAGAGGUGAUUGACCUCGCCGAGCGCCUGAUCGAAACCUUCACCGAGGUACGCACCCUCCGCUUCAGCCUCCCUCGGCAGGAGACGGUGCUCGAUGUCCUGCCAAUCCGACGUGAGCUGGUCUCCGCCAUCCUUAUUAAUCUUUGGGCCUGCGGGCAAGCGUUCCGCUCCCGUAGCCCUCUUCCGCAGCUUCUCCCGUCGCCGCGCGUCCCUCUGGGUGAAGUGAUGGACGCCACAGACAGCCACGCGCAGGAUGUGCGCGGUAUUCGGGCACGCGCAAACCUCCGUCGGCGCAGGCGGAGGGAGGGGCCGGACGAGGCCCCAGAGACUGGGCAUGACGAGAUCGCUGUGCUGUAUGGCAUGGCGGAGAACGAGGCGCUUGGCGAGGUCAUCCUAACCAUCGAGGAGCUACUCGCCGCGGCGCGCACACUCUUUGGCACACAAAGCUUCCUCGACACGGCCGACCUUCACCAAUUAUAAUCGACUGUACCAUCUACACUGUACCUCUAGAUUAUCAACAAUCAGCAACAAGCAACACCACCAGCCCACUCAGCGGCAUCAACACUCAACAACACCAAUAAUAUUCUUGACCUGGGUAAGAAGGCCAGGGCAUGUAUUGAGCUCCUGUGUGGAAUGCGGAAGUCACCCUGCACGCAGCGCGCUUCCAUCUUUCGUCACAUCUGCGGACACAAGGGGAGGCAUUCUGAGACAU